AUGUCAGUAAUACUAAGCGUAGUUCCAUAUUUUGCAAUUGUUCUGGGUUUAGGUAUCUGGGCUUACAGGUUAAUAUACCACAAUAAUCUAAUACAAAAAUAUUCAACAUAUUUGCAUAUCCCCAAGGUGCAAAUCAAUGAAUACAUAGAUAAAAACUUAAAGCACUUAAACCUAAUACGGGUGAAAAUAGAUAGCAGUGAUGAGGUCAAUGAUGAUAAACCCAGUACUCUACAUAAUUCGAAAGUGAACAUGCUCAAUAGAAUAAUUGGAGUUGUUUUCAGUGUUACCCUUUCACUAAGUGUUGGCUUGAUACUAUUGAUUUUGCUUGAAUUGGGAGAUUUCUUGGACGCUGAUUCACGGUUGGGAUUGUUCAAAAUAACUAUUAACACAUUGAUUUUUCUACUAGUUAGUGUUGUCCCAAUUUUUAUCAUAAGUUUGUUGGCAAUUCAAGAUAUACUUCCAAAAACACUUCCAUCAGCAGGACUUGUUUCACUUCUAUAUGCUGUGUGGUUGUUGGUAUUACACAAAUGUGGCGACUUAACCCAGUCUUUUAAUCCAAGAGAUAGUGUAUCUCGUCAUGUUGUGGAGAAGGUAAUUAACGAAGUUUCGAUAGUGGGUAUUACAAUCUUGGCAAUACUUUCCGGAGUAGGGUCAAUUUCCACACCAUACAAGAUAUUUGAAAAGUACAAGGGGUUAGAACUGGAGUCUAAGGAUGUUAGUCAAAUGGAUAUAAACUCGGCUAUUCAGUAUUUUAAUAAUACAUCGUCGUUGAUAGCUAAGCGGAAAUCAGAACUCAAUAAAUUGCAAGUUGCAGCAGGUGGGACUGUGUACAAUUUGCCGAAUGAUUCCCAUAUGAUGCUCAAAUCUUCUAAGAAAUUAUCCUUACUUCAUAAAGUGCAAUCUUUUGCAAACAUUUCAAAAUACGAUAGUGAAGAGAAUGAACUAGUUAAAGAGAUUGAGUCCUUAGAAUCUCUCAAGAACACACUAUAUGAUGAUUUGGUCAAAUUGAUUUCAAAAUACACUUUGCAAAAUGAUCAGUACAAUGUAAGUCUUGAAAGACUUUUACAUUGGGGGAAUUUGUCUUUGGCAAUCUACUGUGUCUACCGUAUCAUUAAUGUGUUUUUAGUAAAGCUUCCGUUGUUAAUUUUUUAUGGUGAAGAUUACUAUAGUGUCAGCUCAACGGUAAUUGACUCAAAUGAAGAGGCACCUUCAAGUAAAGAUGCAUUGGCAAUCACAUUGUCUAAGGUUAUCUUGUCGGUUUUUCGUAAUUUACCAGUCUCGGAAGCUCAGUUGGUAAAUCAAUUGAGUUUUAUCUUAUCUGCAAGUUUAUUUGUUUGCUCAUUUUCGAAUGUGUUAACUACGUUCAAGUCAUUUAGCAGAUUUUUCCCUGGUCAUUCUAGUUCUGAAACAACGAAAAAUUGGCUCAAACAUUUGAUUGUUGCUGAAUUAGUUGGAGUCUAUGUGAUUGCCACGGCGUUAUUGAUUAGAACCAACUUACCUGCUACUUUAUCCAAUCAGAUAUCAAAAAUUUUGUCUCUCUCUGGGAGUGCCGCGAGAACUCCAAACGCUUCUAUUGAAGAAGUGGUUUUUAUAGAUAAUUGGUUUGAUAAGAUAUUUGCGAUUACGUGUGUGAUCACAAGUAUGGUCAUUUUUAUGAAAAGAUUGCUUGACGAAGAUAGACUAAAUAUAGAUAGUUCCUCUUAUGAUGAAGAGCUGUUUAUAGAAGAUAGUGGUUUAAAACUAGCUUAG